AUGGCGAGAAGGAAUGAUGCUACGAUUGCUGCUGCCUUGGAGGCAAUGGCUCAAGCUUUGGAGCAUCAUCAAAAUGGUGGUGAGAAUGAUGCGUCUUGCAAUUUGACUUGUGAGAGAUUGGAGGCUAGUGGCGAAGGAGUCACUUGGGCUUUUUUCCGUAGGGAGUUCUUGAGGAAGUACUUUCUUGAAGAUGUACGUGGCAAGAAAGAGAUUGAAUUUCUUGAGUUGAGGCAAGGGAACAAGUCAGUUAUGGAGUAUGCUGCUAAGUUUGGCGAGUUGGCUAAGUUUUACCAACACUAUGAUGGGCCAACUGGUGAAUUCUCAAAGUGCAUUAAGUUUGAGAAUGGAUUGCGUUCCGAGAUCAAGAAAGCGGUUGGUUACCAAAAGAUUUGUGUCUUUAUGGAUUUGGUCGAUUGUUGUCGUAUCUUCGAGGAAGACAGUAAUGCGCACUAUAAGAUGGUUAAUGAGAAGAGGAGUAAGAGUCAACAAGGUCGUGGCAAGCCUUAUGAUGCUUCUAGUGGCAAGGGUAAGCAGAGGGCUUAUGAGGGCAAGAAGACUAGCGGGGUAGAUGCUCCUGCUGGUAUAGUAUGCGUUAAGUGUGGUAAAGUCGGUCAUCAGAGCAAUGUGUGUACUGCUAAUGUGAGGAGGUGUUUCCGUUAUGGACAACCUGGUCAUGCCGCACCUGAGUGA